AUGAGAGCCCCUUUAUUUGGUGCACUCCUCCUGACUUUCUCUACUGCUCACCAACUGCCCAGCAACCCAGCGGUAUUUCCAAGGCAAUCAUGUCAAGGUCCAGUCGCUGGAAAUCCCACCACAUGGUGGCGUGCUCAAAUCCGUCACAGCGGGACCACCCCCAACGCGGCCGACUCGACCUUCCAGUACUAUCGCACCGUGGUACAGUACGGGGCAGAUAGCACUGGUAUUGAAGAUUCAGCAGAUGCUUUCAACCAUGCCAUUGACGCAUGGAACCGGGCUGGCAAUACCGUCACUACACUCCCGGCAUAUGUCUAUGUCCCUCCUGGCACAUACCUGAUCAAGAAACCCAUACAGAUGUUGGUCAACACCUUCUUGAUAGGGGAUCCCGUAGACCCGCCGACCCUGUUUGCGGACCCAGCACUCGAGACCAACCCGGUCAUCAACGGCUAUGAUGCCCACCAGGGAGAAGGCAGUUCGACCAAGAAUUUCUACAUGGCCGUACGCAACUUCAAGAUUGACACUUCUAGGAUUGCCAGCAAUGUAAGGGCGAGAGCCAUGGACUGGUCUGUUUCGCAAGCGUGCAGUCUCACCAACGUGCACAUCAACAUGCCCCAUUCGUCAAGCCAUGUAGGCAUCACCAUGGACCACGGCGGUUCAGGCAAGAUUAUUUCUGACUGUUCCUUUACUGGCGGAGCAGUUGGCAUCCAGCUCAAUAGUCAGCAGUACAUGCUCAAGGGGCUUAGUUUUGAUGGUUGUAGAGUGGGCAUCUCAGUCCUGAGGUCCUACAUUACAACCGUCCAGGGCUGCAGCUUCACAAAUUGCGAGAUUGGCUUGGAUGUGAGCGGCAUCAACAGCACUGGGUCCGUGUCGAUUGUCGAUUCCUCUGUGUCAAGGUGCAGCGCCGGUGUCAAUGCCUAUGUAAGUGGUGAUGGCCGGGGCUCACUUGUCCUGGAUGGUUUUGCCGUCACCGAUGCCAUCGCCGUCAGGUCUACCAGUGGGGCUGCGCUCCUUCAGGGGUCGGUGCCCCAGGGCCAGACCUGGGUAAUGGGAAAUACAGGCCCUGACGGCUAUCAGUCCGGCAGGGUAUACCCAAUUCGUAGGCCGACGGGACUCUUGAUGGAUGGCAAGUAUUUUACUGCGCCCUUGCCGCAAUAUGCGAACUACGACAUUAGCCAGGUUGUUAGCGUAAAGGAGGAUCGGGAGCACAGAGUGUACGGAGAUAACUCUCAUGAUGAUGGCCCCGCCGUCAAUGCCAUCCUCCGCAAGAAUGCAAACUGCAAGAUCGUCUUCUUUCCUCAGGGCAUAUACCGUACGAGCGAGAUAAUCUAUGUCCCUCCCGGAUCUCGCCUAGUGGGCGAGGUAUUCAGCGUCAUUUCUGGCGUAGGUGCCCUGUUCUCUAAUCCGGACAUGCCACAGCCCGUCGUCAAGGUCGGCAACCCGGGCGAGAGCGGUGUGGCACAGUUCACCGACCUGCUCUUCUCAGUCGCCGACGUCCUUCCCGGCGCCAUAAUUCUCGAGGUCAACAUGGCUGGCCUCCGACCGGGGGACGUCGGUCUUUGGAAUUGCGUCAUUCGCGCCGGCGGUUCCAUCGACUCCCUCGUCAGCACACAAUGCGGCGGACCUGAUCCUGCGAGCUGCAAGGCCGCUUUUGCUCUACUGUACCUCACCAGAACCGCGUCAGCCUAUCUAGAGGACGUCUGGGGAUGGGUAGCCGACCACGGGCUGGACCCCGGCACCGCGGGGCAAAACAUCGCCGUCGGGCGCGGCGCCCUUGUGCAGAGCACCUCGCCAACCUGGCUGGUCGGCACCGCGUUCGAACACUGCACGCUAUACCAGUACUCUCUCGACGGCGCAUCAAACGUCUACAUCGGCCAGCACCAGACCGAGUCUCCCUACUGGCAGGGCCUGGGCACGCCCCGGCGCGCCCCGGCGCCAUGGGCUGCCCCCGCUGACAGUCCCCAUCCCUACGGGGAUCCGUCGUUUAAUCACUGUGCUACUGCCAACGGAAACGGAGACACCAACGACGGCGGCGGAGGAGGCGAUGACCGAUGCUACCGUGCGUGGGGACUGCACAUGUCUGGGAGCGACAAUGUCGUCAUCCACGGCUCUGCCAUGUGGGCGUUCUUCAACGCCAUGAAUGACAACCGCUGGGGUGACCCGCAGUGUACGCUGACCGGGGGCAUCUGUCAGACCAACAUGGCAUUCGUGGAAACGGCGAGGGCGAUCUGGUGGUUCUCAAUUGGGAGCAAAUCGUCGGAGAAUUUGCUGCUUGACGCGGGUGAUGGUGGCAAUGGGAGCGUCGUUGACGCUGUUGUGUUCAUGUCGCAGAAGGAUAACCCGGGCGGCUGGGGCGCCGUAGUUGCUGCUUAUAUGAAGAGUACGGAUACAGGGGAGGCGGAGAGCGACGAGUCAGCGGCAGCGGAUCUGUGGGUAUCACGAACGGCGUUGGCGGUGAUGGCUGGGGGGGUUCUCUAUGCGCUAGCUUUGUGA